AUAAUAAGAUAUAUAAUAAGAUACUUAAUAUAAUAAGAUCCUUUCUAUUUUAUAACUUAAAAAUCUCUAUUUUUAACAAAACAGUAUCGUUUCAAUAGAUAAAUUGGAGAUAUGAAAUAAGAAAAUCAAUUUCCGCGUUGCAUCUACUAUGAUUAUUAAUAUUAUCUAUUCUAUGGAAUUAUAUAAACAUUUGUAAUAAAUUUCAAAUGUAUAUUAUCUUGUUUAACCGUUUGCGUACUAGAGGGUUUUGACAAAACAUGAUCGAAGAACGCCAAGGAGCGCUUCUUCGAUUACGUAUCGAAAAAAGCUGAAGAGCACGAUAGCGCUUGUUAUGUUCAAUAUGGUAAACAACGGGGCCGCGCUUCUCGUAUUUGUUUCUUUUAUAACAAGAUUCUUUUUGCAACUGGCAAAAGAAUUGGAUGUAGAGUUAUAAAAGUGCGAUCAUCAUUGCUAAUAACCGUGUCUUUCUAGAAACUAUUAGACGAAAUAAAGCAGAAAGAGGUAUAAUGAGCCAAAAAAUUAAAAUUACAAGCGUAAACGAAAAUCCAAGUUGUCCGAGUGACACCAAUGACUCUGAUAUCAUUCCUGUUAGGAAGAGCAAGAAACGUAUUUUCAAUAGCUCGGAAAGUGAUGGCGAUUUUUCGAUACACAAUGAUGAUUCAUGUGCAGAGAACCCGCUAAGAAUAGCCAAAGAAAAUACCGACAAUUCUGAAGCAGAAUGCAAUUUUCCUAAUGAGUACAAAUCGAUUAAAUAUUUUGACCUUUUUUUUGAUUUAGAAUUAUUGUCACUAAUGGUUACCGAAACUAAUAAUUAGGCGGAAUAUUCGAGGUGUUUUCUUGAACCAUCAGAUUUGUCUAAACUACAGAAAUGGACACCAGUUAAUGAAUUGGAGGUGAAAGCAUUCAUAGCAAUGAUUCUAGAAAUGGGCAUUACAAGAAGACCCAAUAUACCUUCAUAUUGGAGCAAAAAUUCACGGCAGAUACCAUGGUUCAAGAAAAUGUUUUCAAGAAAUAAGUUCCAAGAAAUUUUAAAGUAUUUUCAUUUGGUAGAUAGUUCUUUGUGUUUUCCAUUUAAUCAUUCUAAUUACGAUCUUUGUGUAAAAUUUGAAUCCCUUGUUAAACACGCUAACAGAGUUUUUAAAUUAUAUUAUACACCUCAUAAGGAAUUAUCAAUCGACGAAUCCUUAGUUGGGACGUUAUGUCAUUCGAGUAUAACUCAUUACAUGCCAUACAAAAAACAUCAUCGCUGGGGUAUAAAAUUUUUGAUGCUAUGCGAUGCAGUUUCGAAAUAUUGUUUAACCUUUUAUUGUUAUAAAGGCGCAAAAUCAAAAAGUAAUAGUGACAAAAAUACGUUUGGGCUAGAAUAUAAUGCCGUGGUAAAUUUAUUAAAUGAAAGUAAUUGUUUAAAUAAAGGAUAUCACGUCUUUGUUGACAACUUUUUUAAUAGUAUUGAAUUAGCAAGAUAUUUAUAUUCCAACAAUACUUAUUUAACCGGAACUAUCAGACGAAAUAAAAUUCCUGAUCACUUAAAAACAGUUAAUGUAAAUGAAGCGAAAUAUUUCAAAGAUAAUAAUGUGCUCCUUUAUGCGUAUCGUAAAAAGAAAAGUGUAAAAAAACCAAUAAUACUAUUAAUUUCAACUAAAUACGAAGAUAAAAAUGUGACGGUAGAGAAAGACAUUCGAGAAAACCUGCCAUCAUUCAUUCUUACAAUACUUUCAUGGGUGGUGUAGAUGAAUCAGAUAAAAUGUUAUACACAUACCUUGAUGAACGUAGAAAUGUAAAAUAUUGGAAAAAGGUUGCUUUCAAUAUCAUGAACCGCAUAGUUUUGAAUGCUUAUAUUAUUUAUACAAAAAAAUGGAUAAUAGAGCAAUGACCCGGUUAAAUUUCAUUUCGCGAAUUAUUGUUGAUAUUGGGCGUGAAUGGAUGAAAGAGAGGAGGGCACGAGUUUUUCAACCUGAUUUUUUAAAUGAAAAUAGGCUACAUUUAAUAAAGUUGCCACAAUGCAACUUACGGAAUUGCGUAGUCUGUAGCACUAAAAAUAAGAGAAAAAGAUCGCAUCUGAUUUGUGCACAAUAUGAAAAGGGAGUUCAUCCAAUCUGUUAUCAUAAACAUCAAUGUUUUACAUUUUAAAAGUUACUUUCAAUAAAAUAUUAUUUGUUCUUCAAA